AUGUCGUCUUCCUCCUUCACUAAAAGAGAACUAAUUGCAUGCUUGAAAGCUAGUUCCAAAUGGGUAUCUCGGGAUUAUGACGUGGGCAGUAAUAUUGUUGACCUCAUAGAACCAACCGGAACCGAGUUAUCAAGCUUUGAGGAUCCCGAACACGCAAACAAUGAACCGCAAGAGCGAAUCAAUCAUCUCAUAGGCAAGCAUAUACUCAAAACGAAAAAGGGUUACAGCAGCUGGGACAGCUAUAUUCAGGAUAGGAAGAGACAAUACUAUCAGUUGUGUUACGCGAAUGAGCCCGAAAGUUUAUAUUUUGUACGCCGAACAAGAUCUUUGAAGAAGAAAAAAGUAUGA